GCAGCGGCCGGGGUGCGGCGGGAGCCCUCCUGCGGCCGGCGGGUCGGGUGCUCUGUGCCCAGUCGCUCGCCGCGGCCGGGCCCGCCAGCCGGGUCCACCAGCCGGGAUGCAGGCGCGCGCGGGCCCCGCGGGGGCGCAGCGCGAGCGGCGGGCGCGGGGUGGCGGGCACCGACGGGCCCCCGGGGGCGCGGCGCUCUGGCUGCUCCUGCUGGUGCAGGCGGGGGUGCAGGCACCCUCGUGCGCCGUGGGACCCGCAGUCGCCUCGCCGCGGAGCCCGAGCGUCCGGCGUCCGCCCGGCCCCACGGAGCUGCCGGGCUGGGGGCCUGAGGGCGAGUAUGACCUGGUGUCUCCUUAUGAAGUGGACCGCCAUGGUGACUACGUGUCCCACGACGUCGCGCACCCCCAGAGGAGGAGGCGGGCACUGGCCCAGCUCAGCGCCGACCCCGACUCCCUUUACCUCCGGCUGAGAGGCUUCAGGCAUGACUUCCACAUGCAGCUGAGACUGUCCAGCCUGCUGGUGGCCCCCGGGUUCGUCGUGCAGACCCUGGGGAAGGGCGGCGCCAAGUCGGUGCAGGCUUUCCCGCCGGAGGAUUUCUGUUUUUAUCAAGGCUCCUUACAGUCGCACAAAAAUUCCUCAGUGGCUCUUUCAACCUGCAAAGGCCUGUCGGGCAUGAUAAGAACACAAGAAGCCGAUUACUUCCUAAAGCCGCUUCCUUCCCACCUGGCAGGGAGACUCAAGGGCUCCCCGGGCGGCGGGCCUCCCUCACACAUACUGUACAAGAGGUCCGCAGAGCUGCGGGCUCCGGGCGCCCCCCAGGUGACGGUGGUCGCGAGGGGUCGCGAGCUGAACCAGCACCCCUUCCGCGUUGGCCGGCGGCACCUCCACAGCAGCCUGCCCCCCAGGCACCCACAGAAGCAGCAUUUCUGCGGAAGACGCAAGAAAUACAUGCCCAAGCCCCCUGGGGAAGACCUCCUCAUCCUGCCUGAUGAGUACGCGUCUUGCUCACGGCACAAACGCUCUCUUCUGAAGUCCCACUGGAAUGAGGAGCUGAACGUGGAGACGUUGGUGGUGGUUGACAAAAAGAUGAUGCAGACCCACGGCCACGAAAACAUCACCACCUACGUCCUGACGAUCCUCAACAUGGUGUCUGCUUUAUUCAAAGAUGGAACAAUAGGUGGAAACAUCAACAUUGCAAUUGUUGGUCUGAUUCUACUAGAAGAAGACCAGCCAGGGCUGGUGAUAAACCAUCACGCGGACCACACCUUAAGUAGCUUCUGCCAGUGGCAGUCUGGGCUGAUGGGGAAAGAUGGAAUGCGCCAUGACCAUGCCAUCCUGCUCACUGGUCUGGACAUAUGCUCCUGGAAGAAUGAGCCCUGCGAUACUCUGGGAUUUGCCCCCAUAAGUGGAAUGUGCAGCAAGUACCGCAGCUGUACUAUCAAUGAGGACACGGGCCUUGGACUGGCUUUCACCAUCGCGCAUGAGUCUGGACACAGCUUUGGCAUGGUCCAUGAUGGAGAAGGGAAUGUGUGCAAAAAGUCUGAGGGCAACAUAAUGUCUCCUACAUUGGCAGGACGCAAUGGGGUCUUCUCCUGGUCACCCUGCAGCCGCCAGUACCUGCACAAAUUCUUAAGCACUGCCCAAGCUGUGUGCCUUGCUGAUCAGCCAAAGCCCAUGAGGGAAUACAAGUAUCCUGAGAAGCUGCCUGGGGAGUUAUACGAUGCAAACACGCAGUGCAAGUGGCAGUUUGGAGAGAAAGCCAAGGUCUGCAUGCUGGAUUUUAAAAAGGAUAUCUGUAAAGCCCUAUGGUGUCACCGGAUUGGAAGGAAAUGUGAGACUAAGUUCAUGCCAGCAGCAGAAGGCACUAUUUGUGGGCAUGACAUGUGGUGCCGUGGAGGACAGUGUGUGAAAUAUGGCGAUGAAGGCCCCAAGCCCACACAUGGCCACUGGUCAGACUGGUCACCCUGGUCCCCAUGCUCCCGGACCUGUGGAGGGGGUGUUUCCCACAGAGACCGCCUGUGCACAAACCCCAAACCGUCACACGGAGGGAAGUUUUGCGUGGGCUCUGCACGCAUGCUGAAGCUCUGCAACAGCCAGGCCUGUCCCCAGGGCAGUGCUGACUUCCGCGCCCUGCAGUGCGCCGAGUACAACAGCCACCGCUUCCGGGGAUGGCACUACAAGUGGAAGCCUUACACACAAGUGGCAGAUCAGGACUUAUGCAAACUCUACUGUAUCGCAGAAGGAUUUGAUUUCUUCUUUUCUUUGUCAAAUAAAGUCAAAGAUGGGACUCCAUGCUCGGAGGAUAGCCGUAAUGUUUGUAUAGAUGGGAUAUGUGAGAAAGUUGGAUGUGACAAUGUCCUUGGAUCCGAUGCUGUUGAAGACUUGUGUGGUGUGUGCAAGGGAAACAACUCAGACUGCAUGACACACAAGGGCCUCUACACCAAGCACCAUCACACCAACCAGUAUUAUCAGAUGCUCACCAUUCCCCCGGGAGCCCGGAGUAUUCGCAUCUACGAAAUGAACAUCUCUACCUCCUACAUUUCUGCGCGCAAUGCCCUCCGAAGGUACUACCUGAACGGACACUGGGCCGUGGACUGGCCCGGACGAUACAAGUUUUCAGGCACCACCUUCGACUACAGACGGUCCUACAAAGAGCCAGAGAGCUUGACCUCUGCCGGGCCAACCAACGAAACACUGAUCGUGGAGCUGCUGUUUCAGGGAAAGAACCCGGGCAUUGCCUGGGAAUACUCACUGCCUCGGCUGGGUGGUGAGAAGCAGCCCAGCACCCAGCCCAGCUACACAUGGGCCGUCGUCCGCUCCCAGUGCUCCGUGUCCUGUGGAGGGGGGCACAUGACCACAAGAGAAGGCUGCUACCGAGACCUGCAGUUUCCAGUGAACAGCUCAUUCUGCAGCCCCAGCACACGGCCUGCCGCAGGGGUGGUGCCCUGCAAAGUGUCCGCCUGUCCUCCCAGCUGGUCCGUGGGGAACUGGAGCACCUGCAGCCGGACGUGCGGUGGGGGCACCCAGAGGCGCCUGGUCCAGUGCACACGGUGGGCACGCUACAAGGCAGAGCGGGUCUCAGCCAGCCUGUGUCUGCAGCCCGUACCCUCCAGCCAACAGGCCUGCCACUCCCAGAACUGCCCACCUGCUUGGAGCACUGGGCCCUGGACAGAGUGCUCGCACACCUGCGGGAAGGGGUGGAGGAAGAGGACCGUGGUCUGCAAGAGUACCCACCCCGCAGCCAGGGCCCAGCUGCUGCCCCACGCCAUCUGCCGCUCAGAGCCCAAGCCCCGGACUCACGAAGCCUGUCUGCUUAAGCGCUGCCACAAGCUCAAAAAGCUGCAGUGGCUUGUGUCCUCCUGGUCCCAGUGCUCUGCCACAUGUGAACGAGGGACACAAAGGAGAUUCUUAAAAUGUGCUGAAAAGUACAUUUCUGGGAAGUACCGAGAGCUGGCCUCCAAGAAGUGCUUGCACUUGCCGCAGCCCGGGCUGGAGCUGGAACGCCCCUGCACCCUGUUUCCCUGCCCCAAGCACCCCCUGUAUGCAGCUGCAGGCCCCCCGCGUGCCAGCUGGGUUGCCUCGCCCUGGUCUCAGUGCACAACCAGCUGUGGGGGUGGCGUGCAGACGCGGUCCGUGCGGUGCCUGGCAGGGGGCCAGCCAGCCUUGGGCUGCUUCGUUCCCCAGAAGCCUGCAGCCUCCCUGGCCUGCAACACUCACUUCUGCCCCAUCACAGACAAGAAAGGUGCCUUCUGCCAGGACCACUUCCACUGGUGCCCCUUGGUGCCCCAGCACGGCAUGUGCAGCCACCAGUUCUACGGCGAGCAGUGCUGCAGGGCUUGCUCCACGUCCAACCUGUGAGCCCAGUCGGAGCCCCUCCCUGGGCAAAGGGGUGCCUGUUUUCAGCAUACCUGAGCUGUACGGU